AUGUCCACCGCACGCCGCGAUGCGCUCGUGGCGAUCGAGCAGGCGAAGCAAGCGUACUGGGCCGCCGAGAAGUUGCAUGAAUUCGACGCCCCAGCGCCUGGGGAGGCGCGGCCACCGAAGUAUCUGACCACGUUCCCCUUCCCGUACAUGAACGGCAAGCUUCACCUCGGUCACGGCUUCUCGCUCACGAAGGCCGAGUUUGCCUCGCGCUUCCAGCGCAUGAUGGGCCGCCGCUCGCUCUGGCCUUUCGGCUUCCACGUCACUGGCACCCCGAUCGCUGCGUGCGCGCAGAAAAUAGCCAAGGAGAUGCAGCAGUACGGCAACCCACCGCAGUUCCCGGCGGAGCUGCUCGAGGACAAGCCCAAGACGCCGGUGGACAAGAAGCCGACGGAGGUGUUAGGGCAGCACAAGAGCAAGCGAGGCAAGAGCGGGCCGGCGAAACCGCAGUGGCUCAUCAUGCAGAGCAUGGGCAUCCCCGAUUCGGAGAUCGCGAAGUUCGCCGAUCCUCAGUACUGGCUGGACUACUUCCCGCCCAUCGCGAUCGAGGACUUGAAGAGUUUUGGCUGCCACAUCGAUUGGCGCCGCUCCUUUAUGACGACGGAGCGCAACCCAUUCUUUGACCGCUUCGUGCAGUGGCAGUUCCACAUCCUGCGCCGCGAGAACCUGCUCAACUACGGCAAGCGCUACUGUGUGUACUCGCCGCGCGACGGCCAGCCGUGCGCCGACCACGACCGCGCCAGCGGUGAGGGUGUGCUGCCACAGGAGUACACGGUCGUGAAGCUCAUCGUCCAGAACCCACUCUCGCAGCCGUGCUUCGCCGAGCACAAGGACAUCAUCGGCGACCGCAACGUCGUGCUGCCCGGCGCCACGCUCCGCUCUGAGACGGUAAUUGGUCAGACGAACUGCUGGGUCAGCAACAGGUUCAGCUACAAGGGGUACUACGUUCGAAAUGCGAAAGGAGAGGACGACGUGUACAUCAUGACCGCCCGUGCCGCGCGCAACAUGGCGUAUCAGAACUUCUACGUAAACGGCCAGGUCGGCACCGAUCCGGAGCCGCUCUUCGAGGUGGAGGGGACAGACAUGGUCGGCAUACCGCUUUCGGCCCCGCUGGCGCCGUACACGACAAUUUACACGCUGCCCAUGGCCACCAUCACGGAGGCGAAGGGUACCGGUGUCGUCAUGUCUGUGCCGUCCGACUCGCCGGACGACUACAUCAACUUUACCCAGCUGCUGAACAAGCCGGAUUACCGCGUGAAGCUCGGAAUCAAGGACGAGUGGGUGGUGCCGUUCGCGAUGAUUCCUAUCAUCGACAUUCCCGAGCUGGGCACCGAGGGCGCCAAGUUCAUGUGCGAGAAGCUCAAGAUCAACGGCCCGAACGCGACGGAUCUGCUGGAAGAGGCAAAGAAAGUGUGCUACCAGCAGGGCUUCUACCACGGCACGAUGAUCGCCGGCCCCUACGCCGGCGUCAAGGUGAGCGAGGCCAAGGUAAAGACGCAGCGUGACAUGGAGGCGGCGGACCAGUGCAUCCGCUACUACGAGCCGGUGCGCCAAGUGAUGAGCCGCAGCGGCGACGAGUGCGUCGUCGCGCUCUGCGACCAGUGGUACCUCGAGUACGGCAAGGCUGACUGGAAGAAGAGGGUGCAGGACCACAUCAAGAAGAUGGACAUGUUCUUCCCCGGUGUGCGCAACGGCUUCGAGGAGACACUGAACUGGCUGGCGGACUGGCCGUGCAGCCGCACCUUCGGUCUCGGCACCUACCUGCCGUGCGACGCGUCCCACACGAUGAUCAUAGACAGCCUGUCGGACUCCACGAUCUACAUGGCCUACUACACAAUCAACCGCUUCUUCAACGUCGGCGCCGACGGCUCGACAGACCUCUGCGGCAAGGCGGACAACCCGUACAGUCUCGCGCCAGAGAUGUUCACGGACGAGGUGUUCGAGUACAUCUACCACGGCGUCGGCGACGCGGCCACCGUCGCGGGUGCGGUGAACAUGCCGGUUGAGUCGCUGAAGCUGAUGCGCAACGAGUUCGAGUACUGGUACCCUGUCGACCUGCGCUGCUCGGGCAAGGACCUCAUCCAGAACCACCUGACGAUGUUCCUCUACAACCACGCCGCCAUCUGGCCGACAGACGAGGGCAUGUGGCCGCAGGCGAUCUUCUGCAACGGCCACAUCCAGGUCGACAACGAAAAGAUGGCCAAAUCGAAGGGGAACUUCAUCUCCUUGCGUGAGGCGAUGGACCUGUAUGGCGCUGACGCCACGCGUCUUGCCUGUGCCGAUGCCGGUGACAGCAUGGACGACGCCAACUUUGUGCGCGAGACGGCGGCUGGCUUUGUGCUGAAGAUGACGACGCUGCUGGAGCAGGCGAAGGAAACGGUCGAGCGCACCGACCUGCGCGGCGGCGACUACAACGAGUUCGACAAGAUCUUCAACAACACGAUGAACACGCUCAUCGCCCGCACCGAGGGCUUCUACCACCGCAUGCAGUUCCGCAUGGUGCUCAACACAGCCUUCCACGAGCUGUCCAACGAGUACAGUCAGUAUAAGAUGUACUGCGACGACCUCAACGUACACGCGCAGCUCGGCCGCCGCUACUACGAGGUGGUGGCGCUGAUGAUGAUGCCACUGGCGCCGCACACAAUGGAGCAUCUGUGGCAGAACAUCCUCCAGCACGAGGGCUCCGUCGUCACGCAGCCGUUCCCGAAGCCGACGGCGGAGCUGGACUACUCGCUGAUCGUCGCGAACCGGGUCAUGGCAAUGGCCAUCAAGGAGAUUCGGUCGCAGGUAAUGAAAAACGCGAAGAAGCGCGGGCCGGUCGAGGAGGUCAUCGUGUACACGCGUCGCGAGUACACGGACUGGCAGCAGCAGGCGCUCGAGAUACUCCGCGAGCUCUACCAGGCGAACAGCAGCACGUUCCCGGAGGAUAUGACGAAGCAAGUUGUCGCCCGCGACCCCAAGAUCAUGAGCAAGGGCCUGAUGGCCUUCAUGUCCUUCGUCAAGGGCAACGUAGAGAAGUACGGGGAGCAGGCCAUGUCGACGCAGCCCGUCAUCGACGAUGCCGUGUUGUUGUCCAACGUCACGCACAACCUCAGCCGCCUCUCCGGCGUACCGGUGGUGCGCAUCCUAUCCGCCGAAGACGAGACUUACAAGGAGCACGACGCGGCGCGCCGCAAGUGCCUGCCUGGUGAGCCGUCCGUGGCCCUACCCCCGGCAGUGAAGAGCGAGUAG